UUUUUAAUUGUAAACAAGUAAAUAUAUAAAGUAGCACGAGACAACUCUGUAGGCCAGAUCGUACAAACCGCAGGAGACUUUCGUAUUAAUUGGUACAAUGUCUCUAGCUUUCACAGCUACCCGCGCUCUACGGGCUUCAAAAUGGCAGUCAACGUUAAGGACAGCUGCCGCUGCCGUCGUAACCCGUCAAGGUCUUCGUAACUACUCCUCAUCGAACGGCCUCGAACCUCUGUACGACCGACUUCACGAGAUUCUGCCAAAGCACGCCCAGGAUGUCAAAGAGUUCCGUGCAGCACACGGAGGAGAUACUCUAGGUAUAUUAACCGUUGAUAUGGCAUACGGAGGUAUGCGUGGUAUCAAGGGUAUGGUAACCGAGACCUCUGUCCUGGACGCAGACGAAGGUAUCCGGUACCAGGGUCACACACUUAUGGAGCUACAAGAAACCCUUCCUCGCGGCCCGGGAGGACAAGAACCUUUGGCCGAAGGCGCUUUGUGGCUACUGUUGACUGGGGAACUACCUACCCAGGAACAAACCACUCUGUUGUCGAAGGAGCUAGCUCGCCGCGCAGAACUACCUCACCAUGUGGUGCAGAUGAUUAACAACUUCCCCGCAGAGUUGCACCCUAUGGCCCAGUUGUCCGCUGCGACCACCGCCCUGCACUCAGAGUCCAAGUUUGCCAAAGCAUACGCCUCUGGUGUCCCCAAGAGCAAGUACUGGGAACUCACUUUAGAAGAUAGUAUCGAUCUUAUCGCCAAACUGCCAGUGAUCGCGUCUAUGAUCUACCGUAACGUGUUCCACGACGGUCGCACCGUAGGUACAAUAGAUCCGGACAAAGAUAUGGGAGCCAACUUCGCCAGUAUGUUGGGUUUCUCUGAUGAGGGUUUCAUUGAUCUACUGCGUCUGUAUCUUGUCAUCCACGCCGACCACGAGGGAGGUAACGUGAGUGCACACACAACACAUUUGGUAGGAAGUGCGCUUUCCGAUCCAUACUUGGCUUAUGGAGCUGCUUUGAACGGUCUUGCCGGCCCCUUGCACGGUCUUGCUAACCAGGAGGUGCUUAGUUGGUUGACCAAGUUCAAGACUAGGUUGGGAGAGGGGGACGAUUGGCACGCAAACUUGACCAAGCAGCGCAUUUCGGACGAGGUCUGGAACACCCUCAACUCAGGCCAGGUUAUCCCUGGAUAUGGUCACGCUGUCCUAAGAAAGACGGAUCCUCGUUACACUUGUCAACGCGAUUUCGCUCUGAAGCACUUGCCUGAUUCCGAUGACUUCAAGCUUGUCUCCAUGCUUUACGAAGUGGUUCCUGACAUUCUUCUGGAACACGGAAAGUCCAAGAACCCCUGGCCCAAUGUAGACGCGCACUCUGGUAUCUUGCUGCAACACUACGGCUUGACUGAGAUGAACUUCUACACCGUGCUAUUCGGUGUGUCGCGCGCAAUUGGUGUACUUCCAUCGCUUGUAUGGAGUCGUUCUAUGGGUCUACCCCUCGAGCGUCCCAAGAGUAUGAGCACUCCUGGACUUAAGGCAUUCGUCGCCGCGGCUAGAAGCGAACUAAAGGAGAAGCAGCAAAGAUCGAAGUACGUAUAAAUAGUUCGGGCUGACUUGCCACCGCAAACGGCAUGUCUACUGUACUCCUGCAGCGCAACUGCUCUUGUCCGCGUGUGUGCACGGUACAUGGAGGAACAACUGCGCUGUACAACUAGACAUGGACUUCAAUUAACACGUCGUAUGCAUCAUUAUAAAAUACGAUAUACACGAUUCAAAAGUUGGGGCAAGCUGUGACAAUUGAGGAGUUUGCUUGCGAUCAAAAAACGUAUCUCAUAAUUGAAUAGUGUAGAACGAAUGCGAGUGAUUCUGGGAGAUUCGCAUGGUUCUUUUGAUGCUAUUGUUCCGGCAGUGCGUGCCUAUAAGUUGGCUUCGUAAGUAGUAAAUCCAGCCUUCUUAGGUACGUAUUGUGUCAUCUACAAAUGAGUAAAGUAUAAGUGCCUUGUGAUGGUCGUUACGAGUAUAUGCUGUAUAUUAGAUUCGUGUGUUUUUUUCUUAAACUUAAGCCAUAUAUUUAAAAGCUAUAAUCACGCCAAACUAACAUUAAAAUCUUUCGGGGGUUCAUCA